AUGCAGCUGAGCACUCGUGGAACCACCAUCUGGCCACUUUUGGUUCCCUUGUUCUAUAGAGCGAUCUUACUGGCAGGACAAGGCAGCCGCAACACCGGUUCUCGCUCCUAUCCUUGCAAAACACGUGUCGCAAUCCACACAUGGGAGACGGGCAACGCUCAAAGUUUGAUGCUGUCAGAUCUGGUCUUUGGUCAAAGCCAGCAGCUGCCUGCCUUCUUGUGGCCCAGCUAUUGUCCUAUUGCCAGCAAGCAAUUUGUCCCGUAUCGCGACGGCUCGCGUGCGGCAAACUCCGCUAUCAGCAAUGGUAGAGUCAUUGGUGUUUUUAUCGGGGAGGCGCCAACUAAUAUUCGCUGA